AUGGGUUCUUCUGCUGGUGAUGAUGAUGAUGAUGACGAUGAUGAUGAUGGACUCGUAGUAGAAGAGGGAUGUUGUUUGGUUUGGUUGUCAUCUACCAGCAGCAAUGAUGGAGUCCCUUGCCGCCGUUCCGUGUCAUUCGAAUUCGAAGUGAUUGUGAUGUUCUGGGAAGACCAUGGCAGUCUUUGCAUGGUGCGAGAGUCGAGCAGGACCAAAGCACAUCCCAGGAGCAGUAGGAAACCAACUGCCCGGGAGACUGCCAUUACAGCCAAUUGA